AUGACCUGGGCAUUCAUGUCAUGCAUGACCCUGCAGGUGAUGAGCCAACCCCUGCCCAGCAGGGUGCCCAGGUGCCUAAUCAUAAUAUUCUGGACACGGCUGAAGAUGGCACCGCGGAAGUACAGCAGGACAACACGGCAGCAGGGCCCAGGAAAUGCUGCUCCUGCUGACCCCUGCUGCUGGGCCUCCCUUCUGGAUGACAGCCUGGAGGAGAUGGACAAGUACAAGUCCGCAGGCGGCCACAUGUCCUACCUCAACAAGUACAACCUGGCUGACAAGACGAUUGGCUGCUAUCUGGUGGGCGGCUCCAAAGACAAGCCGAGCACACCAUCAGUGCUUGGGGCGGGCUUGGUGCUCAGUGACAUGGCAAGUAUAUAUUAUGGCAGAUUGCUGUACACUCUGUGUUCUAACUUGCAACAUAUAAUUUGGCCAUUUCUGCAACUGAUUACUCAGUUGGAUCCGGUUUUACUAAUUUUUUUGGUGGUGCAGGCAUCAGUUUCCAUUGAGGACACCAUUGAGAUCCUGGUCAUUGGCAAGAUGAAGGGGCUGCACCACCGUGCAAACACUCGGGGAAAGACUUGGUCAUGGAUGGGUUUUCCAGUCAUGGAUUUGGUCAUGGAUGCGGUCAUGGAUCCGGUCAUAAUUUGUCAUUAA